CUGAGCCAGGCGGAGGAAAAGAUACAGGAAAAGCAGGUGUUAUUUCAGACAACUGAUUCCCUUGAAGCAAAGAAGACUCCAUUAAACAUCAGGAAAAUGCCAGUUGUCAGCGGGACCUCACAGGAGGGUGACCAACAAAAGGGGACACAGGAGGGAAGUGGAAGGACACUGGCACUUAAUUCGAGACCUUCUCGUGGUAGAAUGGAAACCACUUCUGUGCAGCCAGUUCAGGACGUGGUGACCUUUGAGGAUGUGGCGGUGUAUUUCUCAGGGGCGGAGUGGGCUCUGCUGGAUCCGGAGCAAAGAGCUCUGCACCAGGAAGUCAUGGCGGAGAACGGCAGGAAUCUGGCCUCUUUGGGCAAUGGAAGGACAGAUCAUUCUCGACCGUCUCUUUGUGGUGGAACGGAAACCACCUCUGAACAACCAGAUCAGGGUCUGGUGACCUUCGAGGAUGUGGCGGUGUUCUUCUCAGAGGAGGAAUGGGCUCUGCUGGAUCCGGGCCAAAGGGCCCUGCACCAGGAAGUCAUGGCGGAGAACGGCAGGAAUCUCACCUCCCUCGGCGAUGUGAGGGUGGCUGAGAAAGUGACAGAGCAUCAGAGAAAGAAAACCGAAGCAAAGGAGAAACAGGCAAAGAAAUCCAUGGCUCCUGAAGGGGCCAGUUGUCUGGAAACCCCAAGCCAAGAAAAAAGUGGUAAAGGAAAGAAAAGAAACAAGCUCUGUCGUGUUGCAAAAACCUUUCCUAGUAAAUUAAACCUUAGGCCCCGUUGGAGAACACACAGUGGAGGGAAAUGCUCAGAGCUUGGAAAGAGCAUCAGUCAGAGCAAAAACCUUAGUUCUUAUCAAAGAGUCUCCACAGAGGAAAGACCGUACGAGUGCUCAGUAUGCGGGAAGAGGUUUGUUCAGAGUGCACAUCUCGCUGCCCAUCAGAGAAGCCACACAGGAGAGAAACCAUAUAAAUGCAAAGAGUGUGGAAAAAGGUUCACAGAGGGCAAAAGCCUCAUUGCCCACCAAAGAAUCCACACAGGGGAAAAGCCCUUUGAAUGCUCCGUGUGUGGGAGAAGCUUCAGAGUCAGCAUAACCCUUACUUACCACAAGAGAAUCCACACAGGAGAGAAACCGUACAAGUGCUCAAUAUGUGGGAAGAUUUUCAGAGUCAGCUCGAGUCUUCGUUCACAUCAGAGGAUCCACACAGGGGAGAAGCCAUAUAAAUGUUCAGUAUGUGAGAAGAGCUUCAUUCAAAGUGCCCAUCUCAUUUCCCAUCAGAGAAUCCACACAGGGGAGAAACCGUUUCGCUGCUCAGAUUGUGGAAAGACCUUCAAUCAGAGUGCAAACCUUAUCCGACAUCAAAGAACUCACACAGGGGAGAAACCAUAUAAAUGCCUGGAGUGUGGAAAAAGCUUCUGUCACACUGCAUCCCUUUCUUCCCACCAAAAAAUUCACACAGGUGAGAAACCUUAUGAAUGCCUGGAGUGUGGCAGAAGAUUCAGACAGAGUGGAAACCUUAAUUCACAUCAAAGAAUUCACUCAGGGGAGAAACCUUAUAAAUGUCUGGACUGUGGAAAAAGCUUCAUUAACAAUACAGCCCUUUCUUCCCACCAAAAAAUUCACACAGGUAAGAAACCUUAUAAAUACCUAGAGUGUAGGAAAAGCUUCAGUCAGAGUGGCAACCUUAAUACCCACCAAAGAAUUCAUACUGGAGAGAAAACAUAUAAAUGCCUGGUGUGUGGAAAAAGCUUCUGUAACAGUGGAAGCCUUAAUAGACAUCAAAGAAUUCACACGACGGAGAAGCCAUAUAAGUGCCUGGAGUGUGGAAAAAGCUUCAGAGAUAGUGGAAGCCUUAAUUCCCACCAAAGAAUUCACACAGGUAAGAAACCUUAUAAAUGCCUGGUGUGUGGAAAAAGCUUCUGUAACAGUGGAAGCUUUAAUAAACAUCAAAGAAUUCACAUGAGGGAGAAGCCAUAUAAGUGCCUGGAGUGUGGAAAAAACUUCAGAGAGAGUGGAAGCCUUAAUUCCCACCAAAGAAUUCACACAGGGGAGAAACCUUAUAAAUGCCUAGAGUGUGGGAAAAGCUUCCGUGUCAGUGGAAACCUUGAUACCCAUCUGAGAACUCACACAGGGGAGAAGCCAUAUAAAUGCGUGGAGUGUGGAAAAAGCUUCAAUCAGAGUUCACCCCUUUCUUCCCACCAAAGAAUUCACAAAGGGGAGAAACCAUAUAAAUGCCUGGAGUGUGGGAAAUGCUUCAGACAGAGAGGAAACCUUAAUUCCCAUCAAAGAAUUCACACAGGGGAAAAACCCUAUAAAUGCCUGGAAUGUGGAAAAAGCUUCAGUGAUAGAGGAAGCCUUAAUAAACAUCAAAGAACUCAUACAGGCAAGAAACCCUAUAAAUGCCUGGAGUGUGGGAAAAGCUUCAAUCGUAGUAGCAUCCUUACUUACCACCAAAGAAUUCACAAAGGGGAGAAACCAUAUAAAUGCCUGGAGUGUGGGAAAUGCUUCAGACAGAGAGGAAACCUUAAUUCCCAUCAAAGAAUUCACACAGGAGAGAAACCCUAUAAAUGCCUGGAAUGUGGAAAAAGCUUCAGUGAUAGCGGAAGCCUUAAUAAACAUCAAAGAACUCAUACAGGCGAGAAACCCUAUAAAUGCCUGGAGUGUGGGAAAAGCUUCAGUCAACAUGGAGAACUUAAUUCCCAUCAAAGAAUUCACACAGGUGAGAAACCAUAUCAGUGUCUGGAGUGUGGGAAAAGCUUCAGUCAGAGUGGGCAACUUAAUUCCCAUCGAAGAAUUCACACAGGGGAGAAACCUUAUAAAUGCCUAGAGUGUGGGAAAAGCUUCAGUCAGAAAGGAAGCCUUACUUCCCACCAAAGAAUUCACACAGGCGAGAGGCCAUACAAAUGUCUGGAGUGUGGGAAAAGCUUCAGGAUUAGUGGACAUCUUGUGUGCCAUCAAAGAAUUCACACAGGGGAGAAACCUUAUAAAUGCCGAGAGUGUGGGGAAAGCUUCAGUCAGAUAGGAAGCCUUACUUCCCACCAAAGAAUUCACACAGGUGAGAAGCCAUAUAAAUGUUUUGAAUGUGGGCAAAGCUUCAGGGUUAGUGGACUCCUCAAUUGCCAUCAAAGAAUUCACACAGAGGAGAAACCUUAUAAAUGCCUAGCAUGUGGGGAAAGCUUCAGACAGAUAGGAAGCCUUACUUCCCACCAGAGAAUUCACACUGGUGAGAAGCCAUAUAACUCUUUGGAGUGUGGAAAAGUUUCAAUCAGAGAGGAAGCCUUAACCACCAUCCAAGAAUUUGUUACCCCAAUGAGUCUCCUUGAAAGUUUUGUGGGAGAAUUAGCAGCAGGUAGAGGCUAGGUGGGGUGGGGGCAACAGGCAGGAUUUCUACCUUUGUCUGUCGUGACUCAACCCUCAGAGAAAAUAACUAAACAAGGUGUUUUUCCCAAAACAGUAAUGAACUUUAUUGAUACGAGAAAAUAAGCAUAUAAGAAAGCAUAAAAACAUACCUCUACCUACAAACCCACAGAUUUCUUGGAAGGCAGUGGGGAAAUUGUAGAAAGUGGGGAUUGGGGAAUAGUUACCAUAUAGACGAAUAGCGUUGUCUGCUGUGGAAAGCAG